AACAAAAAAUCGUCACUUGGAAAUUCGUCAAAUGUAAAAGCUGAACAUUCUACGCUCAUCGUCGUUAUGAAUUUGUCUCUUUCGUUUGUUAUUGUUGUUGUCUAGGUCUAUCACAUCACUGACGUUUGAUGAUUUCUCAUCGUGGCUGCGGAUAAAUUUGCUUAUAAAAUAAUAGUUUUUCAUCGAAUAUUAUUUAUUUCAAACAAUCAAAACUCACAGAAAUAUAUUUAAAAUGUCAUCGUUAAAUGGCGAAGUGCAACGUCUUCAACAAUUAGAAAAGAUGACGUCGCAGCUGCGUGAACAAAUGAAAAAAAUCAGUACUGGAGAAUUUUUCGACGAAACCGGCGAUGAGGAAUUCAAUAAGCUCCAAGUAGAAAAUAUGAAGCUCAAGCAUAGGUUGGCCGUACUCGAAAAUGCUGUUGUAGCAGAAAAGAAACUUUGCACUGGUGUAUCAGCCCAACAAAUGAUUUCUAUUCAUGAACAUUUGACGGAUCUGUUCACAAAAGCAAUUGCAAAAGCUUUUCCCAUCAUUACUGGCGAUGCCAGCACAGCUGUAAUAAGUGUAUCAACCAAGCAGGGUGACUACCAGUGCAACAGUGCAAUGUCUAUUGCAAACGCUUUAAAAGCUGCAGGACAAGGCAAACCACCAAGAGAUAUUGGAGCUGCAAUCGUUGCCAAUUUAGAACCAUCACAAGUUAUAUCUAAAGUUGAUGUGGCUGGACCUGGAUUCAUAAAUAUUUUCUUGGACAAAAAUUAUGCUGUCCAAGCGAUUGGAGAUUUACUCAGAAAUGGAGUCCAACCACCACAAUGCGUUAAAAAGCGUGUUUUAGUUGAUUUCUCAUCGCCUAACAUUGCCAAACAAAUGCACGUUGGACAUUUACGAUCGACAAUUAUUGGUGAAUCAAUUGCUCGUCUCUUGGAAUUCAUUGGACAUGAUGUAGUUCGUCAUAAUCAUCUUGGUGAUUGGGGUACUCAGUUUGGAAUGCUUAUUGCCCAUUUGGAGGACAGUUUUCCAAAUUUCCGAACCGAAAGCCCACCAAUUCAUGAUCUUCAGGCGUUCUACAAGGAAUCAAAACAAAGAUUCGACGAAGAUGAAGAAUUCAAGAAGCGGGCAUACAGUUGUGUAGUUAAACUGCAGGGUGGAGACCCUGAGUCAGUCAGGGCAUGGAAAUUGAUCUGUGAUGUUUCUCGCAAAGAGUUUCAAAGCAUAUAUGAUCGUUUAGAUGUGACGCUCGAAGAGAGAGGUGAAUCUUUUUAUCAAUCCCGAAUGAUUGAUGUCAUCAAACUUCUAGAAGAUAAAGGAUUUCUUGAAGAGGAUGAAGGUCGAAAGAUUAUGUGGUGCGAUGAAUCAAAGACAGGAGUACCACUGACUGUGGUGAAAACGGACGGUGGCUUUACAUACGAUACAUCUGAUAUGGCUGCCAUUCGGUACCGAUUUCAAGAGGUAAGAGCCGAAUGGGCUAUUUAUGUCGUCGAUGCUGGUCAAAACACACAUCUUACUACAAUAUUUGCCUGCGCUGAUCGUGCAAAUAUUAUUGAUUUAAAAAAACACCGAGUGGACCACGUUAUGUUUGGUGUCGUUCUUGGUGAAGAUGGUAAAAAAUUUAAAACACGAUCUGGUGAGACAGUGAAACUGUCUGACCUCCUCGAUGAAGGUCUGCGUAGGGCUUUAGAUAAACUCAAAGAAAAGGAACGGGAUAAAGUACUUACACCAGAAGAGUUAAAAGCUGCCCAAGAAUCCGUCGCUUACGGUUGCAUUAAAUAUGCAGAUCUUUGCCACAAUCGCACUAAUGCCUACGUGUUCUCAUUCGAUAAAAUGUUAGAAGAUCGAGGAAACACUGCGGUUUAUCUUCUCUAUGCCUUCACUCGCAUCUGUUCAAUUGCCCGCAACUGUGCUGUAGAUUUUUCUGACCUGCAAGAAGUUUUGAAAACAGAAUCGAUAUCAGUAGAGCAUGAAAAGGAAUGGAAACUGGCAAAGGUUCUGCUUAAAUUCCCUGAUGUCAUUCUUAAAAUAACCAAGGAUCUUCUCCUCCAUACUCUGUGUGAGUAUUGCUAUGAAGUUUGUACCACCUUCUCAGAGUUUUAUGACAAAUGCUAUUGCAUAGAAAAGAAUAAGGAAGGAACCAUAGUUAAGGUUCACAAAAGCAGGAUUCUUUUAUGUGAAGCUACUGCUUUGGUUUUGCGUAAGUGUUUCUAUAUUUUGGGACUAAAACCAGUUCAAAAAAUAUAAUCAAUAUAAACGUCAACAAAGCAUUUCACUCUUGUAUUCUAUUUUUUUUUUUAUUUUUUUGUUAAUUUGGGACUCCAAAUAAAAAAAAUCUUUUAUUACUAACACAAUUGAAUUUUAUAUUAAAACGAGAUAUAUAAUUUGUAACCAAAAAGAGGUUUGUUCUGUUUGAUUGUCAUUACACUUGCUCUGAGAGUUGAUUCAAUUUGUGAAAUAUGAAAAUCAUGAAAUAAUUUAACUAUAGUUCCAGAGAGAUCAUAAGAAGAUACUCAUGUAUAAUCAGCCCUAUUGUGAGUUUAACGUGGAAUAUUUUCCGCCCGCAAUAUUUUUGUUCGCCCGGAAUUUUAAAAGCUAUCAUGAGUUUUGCCCGAAGGGAAUUUACAUUUUCCGCUUUUUUUUUUUUUAUAAUGAGCGCGCACUAAAGGGAUUAAUCUACCCUUAAUAUGAUGAACACAGUACGAGCAUUAGGAAAAUAGGGAGGGGUUUGAAAGGAGAUACCGAUGUACAUACAUUAGUUUUGAAGUUCUGAGUCUUGAAAUGGGAUGGAAAAACAGAGGCGGGUAAUGCGUUCCACAUUCGCGUAGUGCGGCUGAAGAAAGAAUCUCUGUAUUCGACGGUACGUCCGAAAUUGGACUCUAGGGUAAACUGAUGAGCAUUCCUUGAAGCGCGAGUGUUACGGUUGAACUGUUUGAGGGGAGGAAUGCAACUAGCUAUUUCUUCUGAGCAUUGCUUAUAAAAAUAACGAUAGAACAACGUGAGACAUGAGACGUUACGCCGGUGCUCGAGAGAUGUAAUUGUAUCAGUCAUUGAUCUAUCACCUCUUGUUUUAUAGCUCUAUUUUGUAUUCUAUACAAGAAACUCAACGAGGUUAUAGGAGCACCUGCCCAUAUAUGGGAGUUAUAUUCGAGCUUUGGACGGAUAUAUGCCUUAUUAAUAAUUGCUAGAUCAGACGGGCAGAAAAAUUUCUUGCAUCUUCGGAGGAAACCUAAACAUUUUGCAGCGGAUUUGGCGGUGUCAAAUAUGUGUUCAUUCAACAGAAGGUGGUUUGUAAUGCACAUACCGCGAACUGAAAGCUGGUCGGUUUCCUCGAUGCUUAACUAGUUUCGUGUUCGGCACCAAAAUUUGAGUGAAAGGAGCUGUCGAGUACCUCGCAAAUUACCUGAAAAAAAAAGUUGAAAAUAAAGGGAGAUGUCGGAACGUGAAAAACUUUUCUCCUGGAAUUUUUCCGGGUGGAUUCUUGUUCAUAUUACACUACUGGAAAAAAUUAAGGGAUCAAAAAAAAUUCCAAAUUUUUGGGCAAAUUUCAACAGGCCGUAACUUCGAAAGAAAUGGUCGUACAAGAAAUCGAUAAAGAAGGAAAUUGUAGCUCCAAGUGUCUAGUUUUUGGAUUAGAACUUUAAAAAUUUUUAACCUCCGCGGUUUUUGAGUAAUCGUAGAAAAACCAGCAACAAAAAAAUUUUCAAAAUUUUUUUAGUUUUUUUUUUGGUCUACGGGCGUGGAAAAAAUU